CCCUCUCGUGCUGUCAAGGUGUGAUACUGCGCGUAGCCUUUAGUCUGUCAGGACCCCGGUGGCGUUCCUGACUUUUCUGUUUACGGGACAGUAAACAUGUCUCAGCUGGAGAACACGAGGGAAGGUUCUCUUCAACUCCUGCAUCAGUCACAGUCUGAACACAUCUGUAAAUAAAGUAGAAAGACCGGAAAGAGAAGUUUGACGCAGUCUGCGGAGUGCGCAGGACGGCGGCGCAGCCUGUUGCCGUUGGCAACUGGAUCUCUGGACCGUCCCCCAGUCCUCACGUGACAAGGAAAAACAAACGCGCGGCACUUGGAGACAGUUUCAGUCUCUUCAAGUCGGUGACACAUGUCAGUGUUGUUGUGUGGACCGUGACAAAGUUUCCGUCACCGUGGAUUUACCUCCAGAACCGACGCCGAUGAUUGAAUAUGAUGCAGAGUAGAAGGACGGACGCGGGAACGAGCUGUGUGAGAUCGGGAGGGGAAACCAAAGCACUCCGCAGAGAUCACUGCAACUGGAAUAGAGGUGGAAGACUCCAGGAGCUGAGAAUCAGGCACCUGGCCAGAAAGUUCCUGCACAUGUGGAUGGAGAAAACCUUUGGUCGAGUUCCCCCUCAAAAAGCCAGGUCUCACUACGACAGUGUGGUGCUGAGACAAGCCAUGGAAGGAUGGAGAGACGAGUGGUGGACGUCCAGGAGAGAGUGGAGUCUGACAACAAGGGCCCAGUGUCACUACAGGUAUUAUCUGUGUAACUUGGCGUUCCAUCGCUGGAAAACAUAUAUCUCACUGCAGAGGGAAAAGAAGAGCAAACUGAAAAACGCUCAAUCAUACGCUGACAGGCAACGGAUACGUCUGGUCUGGGAGAGGUGGGAGGCUUUCAUAGAGAUGAGACGGAUGAAGAAGAGGAUAAUAAAAUCAGCUGUUGAGCAUAACAGACUCGCAGCUCUGCACUCUGCAUGGAGCUUAUGGCGGACCAGGCUGCAGCAGCUUCAACACCUUAACACUUUGGAGGAGCAAACUGUCAAACAGCAGGCGCUGGCUUUAAAGAAGAAGGCCUGGCUUCAGUGGACAGAGAUGCACGUAGCUUUUCGUUGUAAGAAAGAGAAAGAAUCCAGAGCUUCACUUCACUUCAUCGUCAAACUGAAAAGAAACACAAUGCAUCAGUGGACGAGUUAUGUGUCCAGCUGCCAGACCAAAAGAACAUCACAAGCCGCAGCACAGCGUGCCUGUUACCUCCGCCUGGUGAGGACGUGUUGGAGUCGUUGGAGGAAGGCGUUGCAUCGCAGGUGGAGUGAGGAGGUGCGAUUACAAGCUGCAGGGCAGUUAGCCACACAGAGCACUCAACGCAGAGCACUGGAGCGAUGGAGAACUUAUGUGACGCUCUGCAAACACGAAGCUGAAAUGAACCAGAUGGCGAUUCAACACCACCAGCAUCAUCUGUUGAGCUCUGGACUGCAGGGACUUUUUCUCAACGUCACCUGGAACAAAACACAUCGCUUGAACAACAACAUGGCUGUCCAGCAUUAUCAUCAAACCAUGAUGAGGAGGUUUUGGAGGCUGUGGCAGGAUCGACUGGAGGAGGCUGAAGACAAGAGUAUCCAACCUCAAAUAGAAAAGGCAGCGACCAACUACAGCAUGUCCGUGCUCAGCAGCUCUUUUCACGGCUCGAGGGAGAGACCGUUCUCCGAGCGAAUGGCAAUUCUCCAGGAGGAGCAAUACCACAUGCAGAGAGCCUUUGCUUGCUGGAGGCAAAGGACAGAGCAGCGGAUCAGUGAGGAGGAGAAAAAGGAAGCUUCAGAGCAUCUGAACCUGCAGCGACUUCUCCACAAGACGGUGACGCAGUGGAAGGAAAACAGCUCUGAGAUACGAGACAGGAGGAGUCGAGAACAUCAGGCCUGUCAUCAGGGGGACCUGUGUCGCUUCAAAUGGGCUCUGGAGAAAUGGAAAAAGUUUGUCCAGAUCAAGAGAGAGAAAAAAAGCAAACUGGAGGAGAUGCAGCGUUUCGAUGAAACUAACAUUCUCAAACACACCUUUAUGGCCUGGAGGACACACCAUCUGCAAAUGUGUCACAUCUACGCUAAGGCAGAGGAACUUCACAGAAAGAAAACCCAGAACUUUCUCAGAAGGGUUCUGUUAGUGUGGAGGGAGAACGCAGGGCUGCAGGCAGAGAGUCGACACCUGGAGCAACGAGCACAGAAUCACUCUCAGCACUUUCUUCUGUCUAAGGUGUUUCUUGCAUGGAGAGAAGUAACAACACUCGCAGUGAUAAAGCACCACCAGCAGGGGGAGGCAGUCAGCAGGGCUCAGAGAGCCAUAAACCAAGUGUUUCUGCUGCAGUCGUUCACUCAGUGGAGGAAACGAACCAGAGAGGCUCGCAAGGAGAGGAUGUGUAUGGAGAAAGCCAGAUGGCAUCAUGAAUCCAAACUCCUCUCUAAAGCACUGAAACAUUGGAAUAAGCAUCAAGACCAAAACCGGAAAAAUAAGGUGAUGAAGCGUCAAGGAAUCUUGUUGCUGAGAUUGAAGAUGUACCAGACCUACUAUGAACAAUGGAAAACAAAGCUGCAGCGCAGACGAAGAGAAGCUAAGCAGACGGAGAAAGCGCUCUGGCACUGGUCUCUCACUCUUCAGUCCAAGGUGCUGUACGGAUGGAGGCUGAUGGUCACUGAGCAACGCCAGAAGCAGGAGCAGGCGGCCUCAGCUGCUCGGGUCUACAGAGACCAGCUGCUGAGGGAGGGCGUCACGUGCAUCCUCACAUAUGCUGCUCACAUGAACGACCUCACGCCGAGCCUCACGCAGCACAGCCAAGAACAAAGAUCCCGGCAUCUCCAGAGAGUGGUCAGACGUUGUGCUAUGCGGUGGAAGCAGCGGGCGCUUUGUAAACCUCAAAGAGAAAAAGCAGCUUUAGAGCAACUUCGGAAAAAGAAAGUGACCUUCUGUUUGACGACACGUGGACCAGAGAGGGUUCCCGAGUCUAACUCAGUGGACCAGGAAGCUGAAGACGUAGGGCUCUGCAGGCUGCUUCCUACAAAUAUCACUCGACGACAACCCCGUCGCUGCAGAGAGCAGUUUGAGUCUCCGGUCUCAGUCCUGCUACACACGUGUUGUCAGAACAACCAGACCGGCCUCCAUCCUGCUGAUGCCCUGGUUAGAUCCACUCAUCAAUGCUCCAUCACAUCCACUGUGUCCCCCUCUGAAGCUCAUGCAUCUGUUGCUGACUCUUCUCAAAGAAGCGAAGACCUUCUUUUGCCUCCUUCUGCUUUCAUGAACACUGGGUCUCAAUCUAUGUUGGGAAAAAGCAGAGGGACUGGGGACACCCCCUGUGUUUCUUUUCAUCAGUUUGAUACUCCCUUCAAACAUUACUCCAGGUAUCCAGAAACUGAGGGUCUUGAUGUAGAAGAAGCAAGAACUGAUCCAACGUCAUUUCUGACGAGAGAACUGCUCAGCAUUCAGCUCAACAUGAAGAGUUUCCAACGGGACAGGAAACAGCUCAGGUCAUGGCAGAAACUGAGAGAGGUGUUGCAGAGUUGGCUGCAAACCAGUGGAGAGGAUGAGCAAAUGGAAAAAGAUUCAGUGAGUCAGGAGUUGAAGGAGCUGGACGAGCGCAUCGACAGGCUCUCCUCCGAACUGACCAAUCAGAAGCCAAAGAUGCUGCUGCACGCAGAGCGGGUGCAGCGUUUACAGACUGCCCUCCACACGUCGGGGGUGAUUGCUCUCAGUCGGAAAACGAGAGAGAUGGAAACUGUUUACAACGUGACAGGAAACAGAACCGGUCCUCACACACUCCCAGAGUGAUGAAACCUGCUACACGUUCAGACUGUUCUUCUACCACGAUCACAUUCAUUAUAAAAUUGUGAGACUCCGAUAAAGAUUUGGGAAUUUAAUGAAUAAAAUGUGGACACAUA